CUCCAUAAUUGUCGAAUGGCUUCCGCUUUGUUUAUAAAUCAACUUUCUGUUACGGUUACCGAUUACUGGAAAAUCAAAACUCUCGAUUAAUUAAUUACUUUCUCCAACUAUUUAUCUGAAUUUCGUGCGCUGUUUUGUCGAAGAAAUUCUAUUACGACAGUGUCAACGACAAUUCAAAAGAUGACGAUAGAGGAAGAAGUGAUCAAGAUUCAGAAAAAACUGAAUAAAAUAUCCGCAGAGGGAUCGACUCAAGAUGGAGCGCUUGAUCUGCUCAAAGCAUUGCAGGAGUUACCGGUGAAUUUGGAUAUCUUAACGAAAACUCGGAUCGGAAUGACCGUAAAUACAUUGCGAAAAUCUAGUUCAGAUGAUGAAGUGAUCAGCCUAUCCAAAAGUUUGAUAAAGAGUUGGAAGAAGUUCUUACAGACCGGCAAUAGUAAAGAUUCUUCAUCGAAUAGUUCGUCAAAGUCUAAAGAUUCCAAAGAUUCUGAUGAAAGUAGGGAAUCAGAAAAAGAAAAAGAGAAGGAAAAGGAUAGAGAAAGAGAGAGAAAGCAAUCGGUUUCGUUUCCUCCUUCAAAUACUACCGAUUCAGUUCGUCUGAAAAGUCGCGAACUAUUAGCUAAUGCUCUGAGAGCCGGAAAAACCGCCGAAGAUUUGGAAGGAUUAGCGUCGCCUGAAGAAUUAGCCGAUGAACUAGAAGAUGCUAUAUUCAACGAAUUUCGAAAUACCGAUUCUAAGUACAAAAACAGAAUUAGAAGUAGAAUUGCAAAUUUAAAAGAUCCUAAAAACCCAUCGUUGAAAAAUAACUUUUUAAAUGGAGCCAUUCCACCGACUAAAUUAGCAGUGAUGACAGCAGAGGAAAUGGCUAGUGAUGAAAUGAAAUGCCUUCGUAACCGUUUCGUUAAAGAAUCCAUUGACGAUGCCCAACUAGCCACCGUUCAAGGCACCAAAACUGACUUACUUAAAUGCGGUAAAUGUAAACAACGAGACUGUUCUUAUAAUCAGGUACAAACCAGAAGUGCCGAUGAACCUAUGACCACUUUUGUCCUGUGUAAUAACUGCGGUAACAGAUGGAAGUUUUGUUAAUUCAUUGUCACGUGUUUUUUUUUGUAGCGUCGCUCGCUUAUUUUGUAUCCUUUUCUUGGUUUUCGAUAUUUUAAAUAUUUCAUUUUACACGCGCCUAGUUUCUGUUACUACAAAUGUUCCCAAAUUUGUGAUUGUAAUUACUCUCGAAAAGUAUAAGUGUUGGCUAAGUUUAAUUCGUUGAUUAGUAAUAAUGCGAAGAUUUGUUUUAAGCGUGUUUUUUCUAUCUAUGUGUAAAAUGUAAAUUUUUGGUAAACUUCGUUACUAUAAAUAGAAAACCUAAUUGGAUUACCUAUCCCAGAAGGAUAUUGGAACGACUACACUUUCCAAAAAAUUGUCGAUAUUUUCAUCUCUUUGUAUGAUUUCUGUCAUUGUGUUAUCAUAUUAUCAGAAGCCUGGAUGCUUUUAUGACCUACAAUUAUAUAUCAUUGUGGAUUU